AUGCCGUCGCUCACGGCAACGAACCUAACGCUCAGUGAAGAGGUCUCAGCGACCGGAAGCUAUCAUAUCGAUGGGCUACUUGCCGCAUGUCAGGAUGCGGGGACCCUCAAUUACACCACACCAUCUGCAGCAUCGGACUCGCUCCAUCUGAAUCUGCGCAAGGAUCAAGAUGGCACGGUGGUACAUUUGUAUCUGCUCCAAGAUAAGGAAACCAGCACCUUGCACGAUGCGGAAAUAACUCUCAGGGCAUGGGAUGGUUCCAUCAUCGCAUCAAGAUUCUGGACGUCGAAAGCUAUCAACCCCAAAGGCCGAGGGUGGGCAUCUUUCUGCACGGUCACCCAGCUACGCGAUAAACUCGCUACCAAUGACUCGUGCACGAUACAGUAUACUGUGACAAGAUAUAAUUACGAGCAUAGCCUGCAUCCCUCAGGGGGAUUCCGCGCAGUGCGGAAACUGCCACGCCUGUUGAAGGCACUCUUCGACGACGUGGGUAGCAGUGAUGUGCGAUUUGUCAUCGCACAACCCCAUGCUGCAGUUCAAGCGAUCCACGCACACUCAAAGAUACUAAUGGAAGCGUCGGAAUACUUCAAUACCAUGUUCGGGUCGGGAUUUGCGGAAGGUCAUGGCACUGAUCCCGUAUCCAUGUUAGCUCCGCGCCCGUCCACGCUUCGGGUCGACGCGGAACGUUCCUCAGAUAUGCUCGGCCCAGUUACGCAGACCAGUGAACAUGUCAAACCCGUUGCGGAGAUAGAGGAGCCGGAUCCGCGGUCAUCUACAUCUCUGCGAGCUACGGCCAAUGAGGCGACCCAAGAGCCCAUCAGAUGUCGACAGAAAAGAACUGUCACCAUCACCGAUACGCCCUACGAGACAUACCGGGCAGUGCUUCAUUUCUUGUACACCCAGUCGAUCGCUUUCUCACCGCUGGAAUCAACAUACGUGACGUCGUUGCAUCGAGCAAUCGAAUCCGACGCUAACGCAACUUUCGUAUCACGCGACAUUUUCAACAAGGAGCACGCUGCUGCGUACUGGACGUUUGCCGAGCUCGGAACGACCGAAAUAUGCGACAUCCCACAGGGUGACCCCAAGCUCUUAUACGAGCUUGCGGAUAGAAUGGACAUACCAGAUCUCAAGAAAGGAGCCGCCUCCUACAUCGAGAGUUCUAUCACCCCUGCAAAUGUGGUGACAGAAUUGUUUUCCGAGUUUACUGCUCGCCACGACGAAUUCCAACCAAUGCAGUUCGAGCGUGUAAUUGCGAAUUGGGAUGAUGUUUCCACGACACCGGUCAUGAAGGAGGUGUUAGAGUCGCCAAAUCCUCAUACAGUGCAGAUGCUCCUUCGACUCUUCGGACGCCUCCGGGUUAAGGAGCAACACACUGACAGGAAACAAAGCGAAACUUGA